GGCCGGACAGUCUGGCAGCGCCGGCGGCUGGUCAUCCUUCCAGGGCAAAGUGUACGCGGUGGGCCGCUACCAGGUGACGGUGGAGGAGCUGAUAGCGGAAGAUGUUCAAGAAUUGAUGUUGGAUUGACACUCCACUGCUAUAUUGAUGAAGUGCUGCAUCGCUAGAGACCCUGCUUUUUGAUGAGAUUAGCCCUGCCAUCUUAUUCAGUGAUUCAAAUGGGAAUGAAAGAUUCGAUGAUAUGUGAGGAAGAGUAGAAACUUUGUCUAGUGUCUGUCCAAAAUCAACACAUCUUCCAGGAAAAGGUGGAUUUGCAAUAGUGUUUUUAGCUAAAACACUCAGUGGUGUAAGAUGUGCUCUGAAACGAAUGUAUGUAAACAGCGAACAUGACCUCCAAGUCUGUAAGCAGGAAAUAGCCAUUAUGAAAGAUCUGUCUGGGCAUAAAAAUAUUGUGAAUUACCUGGACUCCAGUGUUACCUCGAUAAAUGCCAGUGAUGUAUGGGAGGUUCUUAUUCUAAUGGAAUACUGCAGAGGUGGUCAGGUGGUCAACUUGAUGAACCAACGAUUGCAUUCUGGGUUUAAUGAAACUGAGGUGCUGCAAAUAUUCUGUGAUACUUGUGAAGCAGUGGCUAGGCUACAUCAGUGCAAACCUCCAAUUAUUCAUAGAGACCUUAAGGUUGAAAAUCUUCUUCUUCACGAUAGUGGUAGUUAUGUUCUCUGUGACUUUGGAAGUGCAACAAACAGAUUUAUACAUCCUCAGACUGAAGGUGUUGGUGCAGUUGAGGAAGAAAUAAAAAAGUAUACAACGCUGUCAUACAGAGCACCAGAAAUGGUCAAUCUUUACAGUGGAAAGUUUAUAACCACUGAAGCUGACAUAUGGGCCCUUGGGUGUUUACUUUACAAACUGUGCUUCUUUACCUUACCAUUUGGAGAAAGUCAAGUAGCCAUCUGUGAUGGAAGUUUUACAAUUCCAGAUAAUUCUAGGUAUUCCAAUGAAAUGCAUUGCUUAAUACGGUAUAUGCUUGAAGCAGAUCCAGAUAAAAGACCUGAUAUUUAUCAGGUUUCUUUCUUUACAUUUAAGCUGUCAAAAAGGGCGUGUCCAGUUAACAAUAUCAAUAAUGUAUCAAUACCAGUGAAAAUGCCAGUACCAGUGAAAGCUAGUGAAGUUGCUGCUAAAAAGUCUCAAGUAAGAGCAAGGCUUAUAGACCCAGCACCUACUACAGAGACCUCAAUUGCACCCCGCCAAAGGCCAAAAGCUGGCCAGCCAACUCCAUCUUCAAACAUUCUGACAAUUCAGCCUGCUAUGACUCCAAGGAAGAGGUCAGCUGCACAGUUGGCCUCUCAACCAUCAGCUGCACAGUUGGCCUCUCAACCAUCAGCUGCACAGUUGGCCUCUCAACCAUCAGCUGCACAGUUGGCCUCCCAACCAUCAGGAGUUGCAGCUGCAAGUAGUGGCCACAUUGCUCAGUUACUUGGUCAACGAGCACAAAUUCAGCCAGUACAGCCUCAGCAGCAUCUGCAGCUGAAACCACAGGCACAUCUGUUACUUCAGCAGCAGUAUUUGCUGCACCAGCAACAAGCCUAUUUCCGGCAACAGCAAAUACUUCAAGCAGCACAGCGCUACCAGGUAAUGCAGCAGGCCCAGCAGCAGAUGAUGCAAAACUACUAUCUUCAGCAACAGUACGCAACAGCCAUGCAGCAACAAGCAGCUUUGCGGCAGAUGAUGGCACAAGCGUCCGUUCAACAGCAAAUGGCUCUGCAGCAACAGCAACAAACUCUUUUGCAGGCACAUAUGCAGCAAAAAGUUCAAGCUCAACAAGUUCAGCCCCAGUCCCAACAGACAGCCAAGCUGUUGUUGCUAACGCCACCGUCUUCACCAAAGGUACAGCGAGCAGGCCACAGGAGAAUCGUCAGUGAUGUCCCGUUCAGUAGUGUGUUUGGAGUCCCUGCCAGUCAUUCCUCUCAACAACUGGCAGCAGCUGCUGCAGAGGCGAACCUUUAUAAAUCAAAAUCAGCCUCUACAAGUCCUGCAGGAUCACCCAAAGCUUCGGAGCAAAACAUUUACAAUCCACCAGAUCUCUCUGUAUGGAAUCCUUUUGGAGAUGACAAUUUCUCUAAACUAACAGUGGAAGAACUUCUAGAUAAAGAGUUUGCUGAGCUUCGAAUUGAUAAAACUGCAGAACUGAAAAAAUUGCCGACCGAAAAUUUAGUUCAAGCAUUUCACCCCAGCAUGACUCCACCCCAAACUGAUGUAUUUGGGGCAUCACCUUUUGCAUCUGGAGCAGAAGCUAAAGUAUCUAUGGAAGCUUCAGUUCUAGACUCUAGCUCUUCGGCUGCUAUUUCUGAUCCUUUUAUACAUGUACCGCUAUCUGACUUCCCAGGUGGUCAUUCAAAGAACCGCAGUGGGAGUUCAGAGAACAGUCUUCCUGGUCUAGCUAGAUCUUUACUGCUUGUGGAUCAGCUUAUAGACCUUUAAUGACCCUUCCAUUAACCUACCUGCAUACUAAUUACCUGCACCUUCCAGUAGAAAUCCCUUUCCAAAGAAAGCAUGGUAAAAUCAGUAGUAUACCUCAGUUGAAUGCCACGCCUACCAAGACAUGAUUGUAACAAGAUGCAAUGGAGAUGCUACUAAAAAAAUAAAUGACUAUUCAUCAAGGCCUUCCUUCACUUUGUACCUGCCUGUGUGCCGUUAAUAUGCAUAUACAAGAAAAACUGCUUGGACAUCCCUCCACUUUUUAAAACCUGCUGAAAUCCUCUACCUACCUUCCUGUCUUGUAUUGAAAUGCUUCCCUGCAGGACCUUGGCUCGAUAUACCUCAGCAUUUUUGUGCAUUGUAUGGUAAAACUGUGCAUAGCUACAAUAUUCUUUGGUUGCGCAGUGAUUAGUUAAUUUGAAAAUGCAGUACUGGAUACCCUGUUUGUCUUUUUUUGGGUUUAAUUUUGUACCUUGAGAACAAUUUAAACUAACACUACCUGGAUUCUACUACUUUUGAAGUUGUAGUGGCAUUGAGGUCUGAUGUGUUAACUCGCAUGACACUUAACUACAUACUGAUGUGAAAACGUGCAGCUUGUUUUGCACUGCUUAAUUGCUUUGCCUUUGUUUGCAAUGCAUUACGUAUGCUCUUCAGUUAUUUGAGCAUUUUUGCUGUCUUUUUGUAAAGAUAAUUUUUCAUUUUUUCUAACAUUAUUCAGCCUCAAACUGAAUGUCAAUAGCAGAGCAUCCACCAUUUAGCUAUUUAAUUUUAGUUCUUCCCUCCAUUGUUAAUUUGUUUUGAAUUUUAAUUUGACUAGCCUAUUUUUAACUUGAUGUACGGCCAUACCAAUGAAAUGUCAUCCAGUCAUAUAGGGCUAAGCAACAAUGAGUGCAAUGUCUCAUUGUGCAUAAGUAAUCUUCCAUAGCAUGAUUUUUAAAUUGCUUUUUAUUUCCAGUAAGUCAUUUAUUUUGUACUAGAGUUAUUAAAGCAACCUUGGUGGUGGGUUAAAGUUCAAAAAAUGUAUACAUGUUGUAUACAUAUUAUAUGCACACUGUUAUCUAAUUCUGUCUUUGCUGCAUUUUGUUCAUAAUCACAUGAAUGAGGAUUUUGAGAUUUCAGUUCAGGCUUAAUUAGUCCCCAAAAUCUAUUGCACAACUCUUUGCAGUAAAAGAAAAAGAAAUCAUUUCUAUUUAAUUCAGUAUAGAAUUUGGCUCUUUAUUUAGUCUGUUAGAUUUUGAAGUGGUCACAUUUUUCACUAAUGUUUUUUAUUUAAGUAAGAUUUAGCUUUUUGUAGGACUAUUAAUCAAAGUAGCUAUAAUGAAUACCGAAAUAGAAGCUUGGUUAGUUAUUAGAAUGAUGGCUGUUGUGUAUCUUAAAUGGGCGAUGAGCUUUUACAAAAAGUGUCUCAGGUAACUUUGCUAGAUAUAUACACAUUAUACAUAUAUAUAUAUAUAUAUAAAUGAAACAAUAGUAAAGUUACAAACUCUGUUGGCUGUAAAUAUUUCAAACAGGAUGAAGAUAAUGAUGGAACAGUCACCUUCCUGAUGUCUUUUAAUGUCUAAUAUGAGGACUGUUACUAGGUGUCUCAAUGUGCAAUGAUGUCUGUUUAAUACAUUGCUUAGUUUUGACAGGGUUUUUAGAAUAUAAAGCUUUGCACUAUAUUUUUCAUUGUGUUUAAAUCUCAGGAUAUAUCCUGUUUCCCUGUUUAUCAAGUAGCCAUUAUUGGCAGUUGUGAGCAUAAAAUAUGAUGCAUUGUUUCUGCACUAGUAAUUUUGAAUGUCCUACCACUCAGCUAGUGUUGAAUGACUGCAACAAAUGGAUGACUAAAAUGUGAUUAUUUAAAACAUAUAUAUGCUGUAAAUAAAUUUGAAAACAUUUUCACAUUUGCAUUAAA